UUUAGUUAACGGGCGUAAAGUUUAACGCCCUUAGUUUAUUUUGCGAUUGCUCGAAUAUCAACCAUAUUCUCUAUAUCAACCUGGUACAAUAUUUUUUAACCCUGUUGACCAAAAUUCAUUGCGAUUUGAAGUAUUCAUGGCUGGAUUUGUGGAUUUUUUUGGAAAGAAUAAAACUUUCCGUCCAAAGAAAAAGUUUGAGCAGGGAACAUUGCGUUAUUCUCUUCACAAAAGGGCUCAAGCCUCUUUGAAUUCUGCAGUUAAUCUUCAAGAAGCUGUGAAAUUACCACCCGGGGAAAACCUUAAUGACUGGCUAGCUGUACAUGUUGUAGAUUUUUUUAACCGAAUCAAUUUAAUCUAUGGAACUGUUAUCGACACAUGUACAGAAGAAAGCUGUCCCACCAUGUCAGGUGGCCCAAGGUUUGAGUAUCUGUGGGCUGAUAAUGCCCAGUAUAAAAGACCUACACCAUUACCUGCUCGUAAAUAUAUAUCUUUGCUGAUGGAUUGGAUUGAAAAUCAAAUUAACAAUGAAGAAAUUUUCCCUGUAUCAGUUGAUAUUCCUUUCCCACGAAAUUUCAUUCCAACCUGUAAGAAGAUAUUAACAAGACUAUUUAGAGUUUUUGUCCAUGUUUAUAUACAUCACUUUGACAGAAUUGUCUCAAUUGGUGCAGAGGCUCAUGUUAAUACAUGCUACAAACAGUUUUAUUAUUUCAUCAGACACUUUGAUUUAAUAAGCGAAAGGGAGUUAGAGCCACUGAGUGAUAUGACAAGGCGGAUAUGUAAAGAAAGUUCAAGAUCAUAUAGAUGAGAAUAUAUGUUAUUGUAAUUUUUAUUUUACAUAUUGUAAUUUUAUAUUUGUUGCAUUUCAUUACAGAAAGUAUCAUGAAAGUUGUAGGCAUAGUUUUUUUUUUUUUUUUUUUUUUUUUUUUUUUUUUUUUUAAGCUUUUAGUCUUUUUUAAAACAUUUUUUUUUAUAUAAAUUCUACUGUUAUGGAAAUGUUGUUCUAAACAUGUUAUAAAAUGAUGAGAAUGAUUAGCUAUGUUAUAUAUUGAUAAGGAUUGUUGUAAGCUCUGCUGUAAAUGUUAGUAUUAUAUACAAUUUUAUUGUGUUCUAUUUGAAAGACCUGCCAAGAUGAUGAGAUAUACAUAAAUACCAUAUAUAUAAUAAAUUAUAUUGCUGAAGUGUUUGCAGUAGCUCAUAACUACUAUUGCUCUUUUAAGACGUAAUGAACUUAUUUUACUAAACAUAUUUAUUGAGUAUUCUUUUGCAUUCCUAUUUAAAGAUGCUGUUUUGGAAAGUAAUCUCUGUAGGGAUGUAUAUGUAAAACUACCUUUGUACAGAUUUUUCUGGGAAAACUGAAAUCUUGAGUUGGUAACAAGGGAGUAAAAAACUCAGAAAUUUUAUUUUAAUGAGUACGAAUUUUUGAUUCUAGCACUUUUUGUUAGCUAUUGUGUUAUGAAUCCAAUUGCAUAUUUUCCCCUAAAUUGAUUCCUUAUGCUAAUUAGCAUAGAAAAGAAAUUCGAAGUACUGCUUAGAUUACUGUGAAAAGUUUAUUUAUUUAUUUAUCUAAUUAUUCUCUUGUUUGAGAAAGCAAAUUAUUUUGAAAGUAAUUUUGCUGGUAGAUAUACAUCCCUUUCCCAUAAAAGAAUGAUGUAUUCUUGUUAAAGUUUAAUUAUGUUUCCCCAUUGUAAUAGCAUUGUCAUUAAUUUAUAUUUAAAUGUUUAGAAAAAUAUAAUAGUUUUGUAUUUUAAAAAUCAGUAGUAAUCAUUUCUUAAAUUAUUGUUUGGUUAGUUAUUUAUGCACAAAUAAUCAAGUUUAAUAUAAAAAUUAGAAAGGGGAAAAUGUCAGCUAAAUUCAGAAAGACAUAAUCCAUAAUGUGCAAAAUUCUGUAUUCUCCACAACCUUUUGGUUCUAAGGUAGAUAUGUUAUCAGAAUUCUAUUUUUUAUUUGAAAUUUUAGUAUUUAAUUUGAUACUUAUGAUGAAUUACUAAAGCAUUUAAUGUAGUCUGUAGAAAUAACUAGCGUAUAAAAUAAAUUUUUAUAGUCAUGAUAAGUGUUUUUACAAGUUUAUAAAUUUAUUUUUAGAUUUUUAAUUUCUUGAAAAUUUAAUAUGAACUGUGAUUACUCCUGUGAAAGACAUGUGAUCUGUUCUGUUUUGCAAAAUUUUUUGUUUCACAUAAUAUUUGAUAAUAUUUGAAUCUUUUAAGAGUAUAUUCUAUGUUAUGAAUCUCAUUGUAGUAUAUGUAUGUGUGUGUAUAAAAUAUAUUUAUAAAUAUGUUAACAUGUGUCUCUGAAUGAGCUGCAGAGACAGGGAUGCAAAAUUUUAUUUUAGCUAGAGGAUGCAUGUAUGCAAAAAUCAAAGAAAGUGAAUUCAUAAAGAUCAAAAUUUUACAUGCUUUUUCAAUCAAAAACCAGAAUUUUAUAUUUAUACAUCAUUUAUGUAAUAAGAAACUACUUGCAAUGUAUUAUUCAGUAUUGGAGGAAAAUGUUCAAUCUCAGCCAUGUGUUGCUUAAAAUAUAAGCUUGUAAACAUACGUACUUUAAAAAUGGAAUGUCAUGCUGUAUUGCCAAAAAUAUUAAUUGUUUCUAAACACCAGUAUGACAUACAUGGUGCAUCUACAAAGAUUUAAGGAUAUAAUUCGCUUAAAAUAUGCAGUAAAAUUAUUACAUGAAAUGCAUCAAGUAAACAAACAAAAAGGGUACGCAACUUUAUUAAAAAACAUAAAAACUGAAAUAACCAUAAAUAUUUGCAAUCAUAUUGUUUUGUAUAAUCCAUGCUCUUAUUUUUAUGGUUAUUCUAAAUUUAAACCAAAAAUCAAAUUUUAAAUUUUAAUAUUAUCUUCAAUAUUCAAGUAUGAAAACAUCUUCCUUGAUAAUUUAAAUCUAAAAUGAAUGUGAUUAUAUGUUCCUUUAAUUAUAAAUUCAAGUACUAUUCUAAGUUUGCUUGUUUUAUUUAUUUAUUUAUUUAUUCAAGCUUUUAUAAUUCAUUUGAAAUAUGGAACAUUUUCCUCCUUUUUUAUAAUUCGGUGAAAAAAGAACUUUAUAUUGGUGUAGAUUUUUAAUGAAAGUCAUUUGAUUCCAAGAGUGUUUAUUUUUUGCUUCUAAGAUCAGGUAAUUCUUGAAAUGUGUAGAGAUUAUUCAAAAUGUAUGCCAAUCUAAGGUUGCAUUUUUUUAAAUUAAAAUUUUACAUUUGCUUAUUAUGUCUGUGCCUUUUCUCCUCUUUUUUCAUUUAUAUUUACUUAUUCUCUUAAUUUUUUGUCAUUAAUCAUCCUUAUUGUCAAAGAAGCAUGUUUCUAUUUCUAGGAAGGGAUAAUAUAUGUUCAUUUACUUUAUUUGUAAAUAAUUGUGUGAAAAUUUGUGUCCAUAAUAUAUGUUUUGCGUCCAUAAUAUAUGAGCAUCUACCCUCCAAUUUUUAAGAAAUAAAAUAUUGAUUUUAAUUUUUAAAUCAAUCUUAAUGUUGAUUCAUACUAGUUUAAGCAGUUUAGCAUUGUGGAAAGUUUUUAAUCUGUUUUGCAAUCAAAUUCACAUAUUGUAUAUAUCUGGUUUUUAACCAAUACACACAUUAGAAAUGACACAAAAUUAUAACUAAAAUUGAAAACUUACAUAUAGGAUACAAUUAAAAUCUCCCUGUAAAUCCAAUUAUAUAUUUGAAUGAAGGGGGAAAAAGUAUUAAUUGAUGUAAGUAGAAGUACUUUCAGUGAUUCAACACCAUCUCGAGGAGUUAAAUAAUUCACUGAAAGUUGCAUGAGCACUGAAAGUGCUGUGGACAGAAUUGAAGAUUAUUAUCUGUGAGGCAGAUGAUGAUGAUUUUAAUGAUCAAAUGGAUUGAGAUGAUGAAGAUGAUCUUAAUGAUUAUAAUGGAUCAAAAUAUUUUUUACUUUUCUGUAUCAGGAUGAGAGAAAAUUCCAUAUUAGAUACUGAUAUUCAAUGAUUAACUUCUAUGAGAAUUUGUUGAGGUACAAAAUAUUUUUCAGUUAUUCAUUUUUGUGAUCAAACUUAUAAAAAGACUUAAACAUUUGAAAUUAUGUAAAUAAACUGACCUCCAAACCUGAGUAUUAAAAUGUUUGCUAAAAAUUCUAGGUUCAUACAUGAAAAUAUAUGGUAUAUUUAGGUUUGAUUUAUGUAUAUAUAUAAAAAAAUCAUUAUUUACAGAAUUAUUGUCUUUAGUUCUCGGCAUUGAUUCUAUAUUUGGUCGCUGGGUAUCUAAUUGUUAUGUUAUAUGAGUUCAGAUGAUGCUCAGAAAUGUUCUCAAAAGUUUUAGAAUAUAUAUUAAUAUCUGCUUUGAUCUGAAAUAUAUAUAUAUUUUUAUGAAUAUUAGUUAUGCACUAAUUCUUGUGAUAGUAAUAAUUUCAGUUAAAAAUCAAGUGCUUUUAUUAAGUUCUUAUAUAGAGUGAAAGAAAUAUAUAUUUUCAAAAUUUUAUAGAAACCAGAGUUUUCAUAUCACUGCUGAAAUGCUUCCACGAUCAGGAGAAUAUGUUCUAAAGUUGUGUUACAAAUGUUCUGUAUGUGAUCUUUUUGCUAUAUGACUGAUAUAUAUGUGAUAGCCAAGUUCUUCAAAAUAUUCUCAGCAUGUCCAUGCCAUCAAUUGCAGCAGCUGUUGUGAUAUGUUGCGGAAAAUCAUCUAAACUUGUAGAAAAGGGAGCAGCAUAACUUUCCUUGAUGUAUCCCUGCAAGUAAGCAUCACACUGUGUUAAUCUGGCUUUUUGGUACCAACAUCCCAGAGCCAUGUCCUGAUGUCUGAACAGCCAAUAAUGGAUUGAGAUAAAUGGAUUACAACACUGAGGCAAAUUUUCAUCCAUAUCCAUGUUGUAAAAUGACGCUUUAAAGCAGUAAUAAUUCCCCCCCCCUCUCCAUAUCAAGCAUGCAAAAUACUUGUCUUACUUGAUUAGUGGCCAUAUUGCUUGACUGACAUCAUCAAAAUAAAUGAAAAGUGGACUUCCUCUUUCAAAGGUACUAAAUGUUCCUGAUAAAAACAAAUGCUCUGAAAUUAAUAAACAUUUAGUCUGUCAAUUUUUUAGGUCAACCUUGUACAAGUCUGUUUAUUUUUAAUAAUGCUUAUUUUCCUGUCUUUGUAAUUAUCACAUUUGCCAGUGCAUAAGAUGCAAAUUUUUUUCACCCAAAGAUAGUCUCUCGAACUAAUUAACAUUUUUUAUACUGUUUGGUUCAUUAAUUGAUUACAGCAAAGCAUGUCACUUUUUUUUUUUUCCUUAGGUAAAAGACUUCAGUGAAGAUUAUACUUUCAAGCAGAAACUGUCACUUAUAUUUACAUUAUAGCAAGGAAAACUGAACAAACCCUGAGAGCACAGUCCAGACUCAAUAUUAUAUAAAAUUGACAGCUUCUCUGUCUGCACAGGAUCGACACUGCCGUUAAAAAACUUAUUUUGAUUCUCUUUAACAAAUUUUUUAUAAUUUGUUAAAGAGAAAAUUGUUCUAGUGUAUACGUUCUUUUAAACUAUUCUUGCUAUUUUUUGUAAAGAUGCUAAAAAUCAAGCCAGUUCAGCGAUUUGUCCCCAAAUCUACAUUUUAAGCGUAAAUUAUUGACAGAUGUAUGAUUACCAUAUGAUUUCAUUCUCUUUAUUACAUCAAAAACAAGUUUUCUCUUUCGAGAAACAAAUUUGUUUUGCUCUCCAUCUCUAAGUUUGUUGAUUUUUAGACCAAUUUUAGUACAUAAAUUUUGGUUCCAUAAUUUGUGAAUUUCGUGAUGACCUUUUGCUUUGUUUAAAACUAUCUUUUCUUUUGGCGGUUUUUGAAUAUCUUGAUUCUGUAAUUUGAGCAGCUUAAUAAAUUUAAAAUUAGACAAACAAGUAACCCCAUUUUCAUGCCAGUUUUGAAGGAAACUAACAAUUUUGAAUAACCCCACCAUUGAUCGAAUCUUUAAGGAAAUUUUGAUCCUAAGUGGUCGAUCCUAGAAUACGUGGUCUUAAUGGAGAAUUUCAAUCCAUGAAUACUAGCCAGCUUCCCUUGAAAAGCAAAAGCAUAUGGCUACAGGUAGAUAACCCUUGCAUGCUUUGCUGCAUCCAAAAUUUAACCUAUUUCAAGAGCGAUCAGACUUCUUCUGAAGCAAAUUUUUCGCAGAAAUUUGCCAUUUUUGAGUUCCCUAAUUAUUUCUUUCCCAUUUAGCAUAUUUCACUUCAGGAAAAAAACUCAAAUGAAGGCUUAUUUGAAGUGUAGUAUCAAAUGAGGAGCGCCCACUAGCAACCGAGUGAUAAUGUUGCUGAACAUAGGUAGUUCAAUUCAAGGUCCAAAUCCCAGCAUAUGGGCUGGCUGCAUGGGCUUUUUCAUAGUAUUCUGCAUAUGUAACAUGCAAACAAGCCAAGGACUUUCCCUUAGAAAGUCCUCUACGAAGGCAUCCUUUCUUCCUUCCCUUAGGCUUGUAACCCUUGAGUGCUUUGCCAUAAGUAAAUAAACCAACUCAAAUAAGGAGGAAAAUAUAAUUGCUGUGCAUUGAUGAUGAUGUUUCAAAUUAAGGGAGUGCAAAAGGACCUUGAAGUGCUUAUUUUAAAGUAACAGACUUUAUGCUAUGUACUGUUGUGUACAUACUACAGAGUGUUGACUCUAUGCAAUAUGGAUUCUAUGCAGUAUUGAUCUUAAGAAUGUGAGCCAAAAUUCUCCAUUCAGCCAGCCAAUUUAUUGUUGCUGUUACUAAUUUUUCUGUUUUGAACUUCAGCCAAAUCAGAUGUGCGAGGCUGAAUUACUUAUGUCAGUGACUUUAGUCUUCGGCAUGUGGCAGUACAAGUUUGCCUAUCUCUGACCCAAUUUUCAUGGGAAUCACUGUGGAAAUGAGCCUGAGGUUCCUCUACCACCAAUUUCUCGAGAGGAAUUUCAGCCAAGCAAUAUUAUAAAUGCCCUAAUGCUGCAAGGAUACACACAGAUUUCCAUGCCUUUUCCAGGAUUUGAAUCUGAACCCUUAGCUUUAGCAGCUGACUCCCAUCAUGCCGGCAGCUAGUUUGUUGGCAAUCAAAUUUAAGGUGAAAUACUAGUGUUCAUUUUUAUCUAGCCACUGGAAGGCUUCUUUAAAUAGCUGUUUUCCUCAUUUCCAAUUUGUAUCUGAUCUGAGAGUUUAAUGUAGAAUUGCAGUCAAAAAAAAGUAAGUCGUUUCCUGCCCAAAAUAAUUUUUUAACUUGCCAUUUCUAUGAAAAUAAAUAAAAUAUGAAAUAUUACCCUCUCAAUAAAAUAUUUUAGAAAUGUAUUGAAAUCAACUUCCAAUUUACUGGGGAAAUACCACGAACGACAUCCACGAUCAAUUCAGAAUUGCAAUUCAUCUGAAAACCAUUAGAAAGUAUAGACAAGUGGUAUAACCCUUGUUAUAGUUAAUAGAAAAAUACUGAUAUUUUUUCCAUGCAUUUUUAAGCUGUUUCAUCUGUAGGAUAAGUUCAUUGUGUUAUGUAAAUUAAAUCAAUAUUCAAACAAAGACAACAAUGUAAAUAAGAGAAGAAUAAGCAUCAUUAGAAAUGAAGAACUGAACUAGCAUUAAGAUCUAAAGUGCAUUAACUGAACUGGCGUUAUAAAUGGCAUUAAUGAACCAUAUUUGCAGUGGAAAUGGAACAAUAUCAUUGAUUUUAAUCUGGUGAGAAACCCUGUUAUGUUUUAUUAUUUAUUGUAUAAUGAUUAUACUGUAUUAUGGAUCAUAUACAAAUAAACUUAUUGUGGAUAAAAAGAACUUCCAAAUACUGUGACAGCAUCUGCUGUUCUCAUUUUUCAUAGACAGUUUCGUUUUACACUGUUAAUUGGUGGCAGUAAUGUUCCCAGCAUUCCAGGAAAAGGAAACUUUUUUAUGUAAUAUUUUAAAAUUCAUGGUCUGGUUAAUCAGUCUCAGUUAAUUAAAUGUUGACUACGAUAUCCCUUCUUCCAAAUGUGCCUUUGUAAAAUGGUGUGCAAUUUACACACCCAUGUGUCUUAUAUGCUGGCAAAUACAGUAAUUUUUUUCAUAUUCACGAGUAAUUUUUCAAACAUCUAAUACUCAGAAACUGAAAAAGUUUUGGUUUAAAAGUUUUAGAUAUCUGAGUCAGUGCUGAGCAGCAUAAUGAACUCAAAAUAAAAGACAUAUUUUGUAUAUAUAUUUUGAUUGUAAAUGAAGUCUAUUUUUAUAUAAAUAUUUGAAACUUUGUGCUAUCUACUUGAUUGUAUUUGUAGCUCUUCGCAUAUACUCAUUGUGUUUUUAUUAUUAUUUAUUUAUUAAAAAUGGGAUUAUAUGCAUUUCAUUUUGUUUUAUGCUGUUAUUUGAAUCGGGAUCUUUCCCAAAUAAAUAAGAUUAAUUUUUAAAUAAUUGAUAAUAAAUGAAGCUUAUUUUAAUUUUUAUCUAUCAAGUACAGAAUUUUAAGAAAUAAUUUGCUAGAAUAUCUUUUUAAAUCGCUUAUUUAUUUCAUUAAUUAUGAUUAAAUUAAAAAAAUAAGAUAUUGUGGUUUGGUAAAUUUUUCAUACUGUUAUGCAUGCAUUACUGAAAGAUAUUGUAAUUAAUGCACAAAAUGUUAGUAAUGUAAUGUUAUAUAGAUAAGGAUGUGCUAUCUUAUCGGUACUUAUGUAUUAGCACAACCACCUUGACACAGUUUAGCGAUUUUUACAGAAAAAGUGAAUGCUGGUUUAUAAUUUAAAAAAAAGUAGUUAUUGCAUCUGCAAAAAAAAAAAAAAAAAAAAAAAAA